UGUGCUUCUCCCGGCGCCGGCCGCUCCCGCUGGUGCUGCUGGAGUUCGGGCAGCGCUUCUCGUAGCGGCGGCGGCAGCUCCUACCAAACAUGUCGGCUCCCGCCGGGCCCCGGAGCGGCCCCGCCGCCCCUCAGCCUCCUCCGGCCCCGCAGCCCGAGAUGCCGGACCUCAGCCACCUCACGGAGGAAGAGCGGAAGAUCAUCCUGGCCGUCAUGGACCGCCAGAAGAAGGAAGAGGAGAAGGAGCAAUCCGUGCUCAAGGUCAAAGAAGAGCAAAAACCACAGCCGACACAGUGGUUUCCCUUUAGUGGGAUCACUGAGCUGGUAAAUAACGUUCUUCAACCACAGCAAAAACAGCAAAAUGAAAAGGAGCCCCAGACAAAAUUACAUCAGCAGUUUGAGAUGUAUAAGGAGCAAGUGAAGAAGAUGGGUGAAGAAUCACAGCAGCACCAGGAGCAGAAGGGUGAUGCCCCAACCUGUGGCAUCUGCCACAAAACCAAAUUUGCUGAUGGCUGUGGCCAUAACUGUUCCUAUUGCCAAACGAAAUUCUGCGCGCGCUGCGGAGGAAGAGUGUCUCUGCGGUCCAACAAGGAGGACAAAGUGGUAAUGUGGGUAUGUAACUUGUGCCGAAAACAACAGGAAAUCCUCACGAAAUCAGGAGCCUGGUUCUAUAACAGCGGGUCACACGCUCCGCAGCAGCCAGACCAAGAAGGAAGUAGAGCUCUGAGGAACGAGGAAGCACCUCAAGAGAAAAAAGCAAAACUGCAGGAGCAUCCGCAGUACCAGGGACCAGCAGGUGACAUAUCCACACAAGCUUUGGACAAAAACAGAUCUCAAGGGCUCACAAGACAAGACUCAAUUAAGAAUGGUUCAACAGUAAAGCAUCCAGUAACGAGUGACACGUCAGACAGGAAAAGAAGCCCUUCAAUAUCAAGAGAACAGAGCAGAAGAUACGACCAAAGGGACGAGAGAGACGAAUAUUCACAGUAUGCUACAUCAGACAGUGCGAUGCCCAGGUCACCAUCAGAUUAUUCAGAUAGGCGGUCACAGCGUGGGCCCCAGUUAUACGAAGAACCUGAACUGGGUGAUUAUAGAGAUUCCAACAGAAGGAGCCGCAGGCGUUCCAAGGAGUAUCCGGUAGAAGAAGAAGAUGCACAAAGCAGGGAAGAAUAUGAGAGGCAAAGGAGGGAAGAGGAAUACCAGGCACGAUACCGGAGUGAUCCUAAUUUGGCUCGUUAUCCAGUCAAGCCGCAGCCAUAUGAGGAGCAAAUGCGUAUCCACGCUGAAGUGUCCCGAGCGCGGCAUGAACGCAGGCAUAGCGAUGUCUCCCUGGCAAAUACAGAGCUGGAAGAUUCCCGGAUGUCCAUGCUCAGGAUGGAACGGCCAUCAAGACAAAGAUCCGUGUCUGAGCGCAGGGCCGCCAUGGAAAACCAACGUUCAUACUCUAUGGAAAGAACUCGAGAGGCUCAGGGACCAAGUCCCAAUCGUCAGAGGACCACAAAUCAUAGCCCUCCUACACCUAGGAGGAGUCCAAUUCCUCUGGAAAGACCAGACAUGAGGCGCUCUGAUUCUUUAAGGAAACAGCAUCAUUUGGAUCCCAGUUCUGCUGUCCGGAAAACAAAACGUGAAAAGAUGGAGACCAUGUUACGGAAUGAUUCACUCAGCUCGGACCAGUCUGAAUCUGUCAGACCUCCACCACCAAAGCCCCAUAAAACGAAAAAAGGAGGUAAAAUGCGCCAGGUUUCAUUAAGUAGCUCAGAAGAAGAAUUGGCAUCCACGCCAGAAUAUACAAGUUGUGAUGAUGUAGAGAUUGAAAGUGAAAGUGUUAGUGAAAAAGGGGACAGUCAAAGGGGAAAAAGAAAAACUAGUGAGCAGGCAGUUUUGUCGGAUUCUAACACCUUAUCCGAGAGGCAAAAGAAAAUGGUCUGCUUUGGUGGCCACUCUUUGGAAGAGGACUUGGAAUGGUCUGAGCCUCAGAUAAAAGACUCUGGGGUAGAUACGUGUAGUAGCACAACUCUAAACGAAGAACAUAGCCAUAGUGAGAAGCAUCCAGUAACUUGGCAACCAUCCAAAGAUGGAGAUCGUCUCAUUGGUCGGAUUUUGUUAAAUAAGCGACUAAAAGAUGGAAGUGUGCCUAGAGAUUCAGGAGCAAUGCUUGGAUUGAAGGUAGUAGGAGGAAAGAUGACUGAAUCAGGUCGACUCUGCGCAUUUAUCACCAAAGUUAAAAAAGGAAGCCUAGCUGAUACAGUGGGGCAUCUUAGACCAGGUGAUGAAGUAUUAGAAUGGAAUGGAAGGAUACUACAGGGAGCCACCUUUGAGGAGGUGUAUAAUAUAAUUUUAGAAUCCAAACCUGAGCCACAAGUAGAGCUUGUAGUUUCAAGACCAAUAGGGGACAUUCCCAGAAUACCUGACAGCACACAUGCACAGCUGGAGUCCAGUUCUAGUUCAUUUGAAUCUCAGAAAAUGGACCGACCUUCUAUUUCAGUGACUUCUCCUAUGAGUCCUGGCAUGUUAAGGGAUGUUCCACAGUUCUUGUCUGGACAACUUUCAAGCCAAAGCCUUAGUAGAAGAACAACGCCUUUUGUUCCUAGGGUUCAGAUAAAACUGUGGUAUGACAAGGUUGGUCAUCAGUUAAUAGUGACCAUACUGGGAGCGAAGGAUCUUCCUUCAAGGGAAGAUGGGAGGCCAAGGAAUCCUUAUGUUAAAAUUUACUUUCUUCCAGACAGAAGUGAUAAAAAUAAAAGAAGAACAAAAACAGUAAAGAAAACAUUGGAACCUAAGUGGAAUCAGACAUUUAUUUAUUCUCCAGUUCAUCGGAGAGAGUUUAGAGAACGAAUGUUGGAAAUCACUCUUUGGGACCAAGCACGAGUUCGAGAGGAAGAAAGUGAAUUUUUAGGAGAGAUUCUUAUUGAGUUAGAGACAGCAUUACUAGAUGAUGAACCCCACUGGUACAAACUUCAAACACAUGAUGUCUCUUCAUUGCCACUUCCCCAUCCCUCACCAUAUUUGCCACGCAGACAGCUCCAUGGAGAGAGUCCCACACGGAGGUUACAAAAUAAAGGCUUAUAUUCAUAUAAUUCAGGAUCCAAAAGAAUCAGUGACAGCGAAGUCUCUGAUUAUGACUGUGAUGAUGGAAUUGGUGUUGUUUCAGAUUACCGACAUAACGGGAGAGAUCUUCAAAGUUCAACACUGUCAGUGCCAGAGCAAGUAAUGUCAUCUAACCAUUGUUCUCGAUCAGGGUCCCCUCACCGUGGAGAUAGUAUAGGACGGACUAGAUCGUGGUCUCCCAGUGUCCCUCCCCCCCAAAGUCGGAAUGUGGAUCAGGGACUGCGAGGGACUCGAUCCACUGCUGCGCAUUACAACACCCUGAGCCGCAUGGACAGACACCGAGCUGUAGACGACCACUACUCCCCAGACAGAGAGAGUCAUUAUGUUACUUUACCUCGUUCCCGGUACACCCAGUCCUCAGAUCACCAUUACAGGGAUGUCAGCCAGGAUCACACAAUGUAUCCUCUGUUUUGUGAAGAUGCAAUCAGAUUGCUCCGCUCCCGUACCAUGUGCCGUACCUAUUCUGAGGGUGCUUACUAUGAUCUUGAGAGGAGGACUAGGCAGGAGAGAAGAGUGCCUAAUUCAUAUUAUGAUGACACAGCCUAUACUCCUGAAAGGUGGUACAAUGGUGCAAGUUCAUGGGCAGAUGAUAUAGUCAAUGGUUCAGCUGAAAAAUAUGGAAGCGAGACAGUGGAUGUUUUUGCUGAUGAAGCUUCCUAUUCAGAAACAGAACUGAUAGAAGAAGAAGUGAGGAAUUGUGAAGCAGCAGAUAGACAGCCAUAUCAAAGAUCCAGAUCAACAGAGCAACGUCCUGUGCUAGAGCGGACCAACUCCCGCUCCCGAUCCACAGAGCGUCCUGACUCAAACCUCAUCAGGUCGAUGCCUUCAUUAAUGACUGGAAGAUCUGCCCCUCCUUCACCUGCCUUACCGAGGUCACAUCCUCGAACUGGGUCUGUCCAGACAAGUCCAUCAAGUACUCCAGUAGUGGGGCGAAGGGGCAGGCAGCUACCACAGCUCCCACCAAAGGGGACGUUGGAGAGAAACAAUGGAGACAAGGAGAUAGAGUCUUAUGAAGAAGUUACAUGGGAAGACCAGCAGAAAAAGGUGAAUGGUACAAUAACUGAUGACAAACCAUUGCCGAAAAAGAAACACCAUUCUGAGACAGAAGAAGCGGAAUCAUCAAGGAGAACAAACUCAGAAGAAAAGAAAACAGAUCCAGAGAAUGGGGAUACAGGUGCACUGGAUGUAGAAGAAAGGAAUCGCCAAAUGAAAAUGAGCAAGUACAAACAGGUAGCAGGAUCAGAUUCCAGGCUGGAACAAGAUUAUCAUUCCAAGUAUCGGUCAGGGCGGGAUCCUCACCGAGGCUCAGACAAUGUUUCCAACAAGUCUUCGGACAGCGAUGUCAGCGACGUCUCGGCCGUGUCCCGGACCAGCAGCGCUUCCCGCUUCAGCAGCACGAGCUACAUGUCUGUGCAGUCAGAGCGCCCAAGGGGAAACAAGAAAAUCAGUGUCUUUACAUCCAAAAUGCAAAGCAGACAGAUGGCCAUCUCAGGAAAGAACAUGACUAAGAGCACCAGCAUCAGCGGGGAGAUGUACACGCUGGAGAAGAACGACGGCAGCCAGUCGGACACGGCAGUGGGCACUGUUGGUGGUGGCAGCAAAAAGAGACGCUCCAGCAUUGGUGCAAAGAUGGUCGCCAUCGUGGGGCUGUCGAGAAAGAGCCGUAGCACGUCACAACUCAGCCAAACUGAAGCAGGGGGCAAGAAGCUGCGGAGCACUGUCCAGAGGAGCACGGAGACAGGGCUGGCCGUGGAGAUGAGGAACUGGAUGACUCGCCAGGCGAGCCGGGAGUCGACGGAUGGGAGCAUGAACAGCUACAGCUCUGAGGGAAAUUUGAUCUUCCCUGGUGUGAGGUUGGCUGCAGACAGCCAGUUCAGUGAUUUUCUGGAUGGACUUGGUCCUGCCCAGCUUGUAGGACGACAGACAUUGGCAACCCCAUCAAUGGGAGAUAUUCAGGUGGGAAUGAUGGAUAAGAAAGGACAACUGGAAGUAGAAAUAAUCCGAGCCCGUGGCCUUGUUGUAAAACCAGGUUCAAAGACACUGCCAGCACCAUAUGUAAAGGUGUAUCUAUUAGAAAAUGGAGUCUGCAUAGCCAAAAAGAAAACAAAGGUAGCAAGAAAAACGCUGGAACCACUUUAUCAGCAACUUCUAUCAUUUGAAGAAAGUCCCCAAGGGAAAGUUUUACAGAUAAUUGUUUGGGGAGACUAUGGACGUAUGGAUCACAAAUCCUUUAUGGGAGUGGCACAGAUACUUUUAGAUGAACUGGACCUGUCCAACAUGGUGAUUGGGUGGUUCAAACUUUUCCCUCCUUCUUCCCUAGUAGACCCAACCUUAGCUCCUCUCACUAGAAGAGCUUCCCAAUCAUCUCUUGAAAGUUCAACAGGACCUUCGUAUGCUCGCUCAUAGCAGCUGUGAAACUGUUGUCAUAGCAACCAGCGUUACAAAAAAAUAAAAUUACAGGUCGCAAACCCUGGUAACACUGCAUGCUUAAUGUUGUGUCUUCUGAGCCUGUUUCUAGGGCUGCAACGCGAUCCUGUGUUCUCAAGGAAGUUGCACACAUUGUGCCCUACGGAAGGCCCUCAGGUGAUGGACUGAAAUCAUGAAGAACUGAUAGGUUUGGAGUUCAGGGACUCAGUUUUGGUCCAAUCUGAAGCCAUGGACUAAACUAAAAAAAAUCAAUCUGUUUCAUGCAACAAAAGUCCUUUUCAAUGGCAUAUCUGUUUUGUUGCUCCCUUUUCUUUAUUUAUCUGCCCUCCCCUCCUAAAGUUUGGUUAUGCCACAGAAACGGAGUCACCCUCCCAUGGAGCCAUGUUACAAGUCAGUGGAUUAGCAGACAUUGGAAGAAGAAACUAAGGAUGCUGGAAAAGUCAACUGGCACUUGCAGCAGUUGCUUGAGAUCUGAAAACUCUUCAUAUUGAAAAGGUUCAAGACUUAAAGUGGCAGGCUUCAUACCUCCAGCUGUUCACACAGUGAAACCCCAGACAUGAUGGACUCUGAAAAAUAAAGUUCUGUGGAUAUACUGUACUGUAUGAAAUUAAGAAACUUUUUUGCAUGGACACAGAUUUAGCUGAACACUUAAAUUAUUUUCUUGGGGCUGCAACUUGCAAAAAAAAAAAAAAAGAAUAAAUCAGCCAUUUUCAACAGUUUAUAUUAUUUUUAAAGAUAAAUUUCACUAGUGCAUGGUUUUAAAGGGAAGAGAAUGCAACAGGGUGAUACAAAGACACACCACGUUUAUCAUUCUUUAAACCAGUCAUGGUCUGUGUUUUUGCAGACUUAUAUUAAAAAUAAAAAAAUAAUUUCUAGCAAAUAUUUAAAAUUCUGUUUAUGUGACAAGAAAUAAGUGUAAUAUAUUAAAUUUAUUUAAAUGUAAAAGGUACAAGCCUUGUAAAGUUCAACAUAAUGUGCAAAUUGUACACUUCUUUUACCUCCUUCUUUCUCUAUAUCUCCUCCCAAUCUCCUUCUUUUGCUCUUUUCCCCCUCUACCUCCCAGGAUGAUCAGCAUAUUCUAAAAUGGCUACCUUUUGACUUAUUAUUGUCUUAUGCCCCAUAUUUGGUUCAGGGUUGCAGAUUGUUCUGCAUUUCUGAAUUAUUUGAGAAAAAUAUUGUUUAAGAGCUUACUUUUUUUCAAGCAUGUUGAAAAGGAUUUUGCAACAUGGCUUGGGAGUACAUUAAUGUAAUUCAGCAUGUAUUUGAUAAAGAAGAUAUUUGAACUUUUGCAAUUUAUUGUACAGUGCAUGGUAACUUAUUUUCAUUUUUUCUCACCUUCAAAUUGAAUUCUACAGCAAAAUACUGGAAUCAUGUGGCCAUUGUAAGAUGUCUUCAAUAAAUUUGUGUUCAGCACCAGCAUCUUUCAUUCAAAGACUGAACUAUUAUUUCUUGAAGGUUUUUGGAAAGAGGAAAAAUUAAGUAUCUGACUGAUUUUUAGGAAACAAAUUUAAGCAUUUUUAUUUGCACUAAACCAAAUUGAUUGCUACAUUUUUGAAAUAACAGAAGCAACAAAGGUUACAAAUCCAUACAGUUCUGCUGUAAAGUUCAAUUUUCAUAAAUUACAUUUGCGUUGCAAAAGACAUAAUUAGAUAAUAUCAGUCUGGAAGGUAUCAGUCUUUGGUUGGUAAAAUAGCCUUAAAGAAAGCUUAUCAGUACCACUCUGUCAGCUAUUUGACACCAUUACCAGAACCUUGCUGCAGUUAAUGGAUCUUCAGAACCCUGGGGUUUGUAGCAGAUAGUAGCUACCAUCGGGUGGUGCUGCAAGUUCAAGCUUCUCAUUAAGUUUUGUUAUUUAAAGGGAAUGUAACUGGCUAAUGUUUAAUUACAAAAUAUCCUUUUCUUCUUUUUCCUGGGUCUUUGUAUGCCUUUAAUACCUACUAAAGGUUUAAUAUUGAAAUCUUGCAAUAAUUUUUCAAGUAUGUUACAUUUACCUUUAUGGCCACAGAAUUAUUCUGAUUUUAUUUGAAAGUCUGUUGAAGUUUCCCAUUAACAAAUUGUACAUGCCUGGUAAGAGGGAAAAAGUAAUAACAGUAUCACUUAUAAUGCCUUUUACUUUGUGCAAUAUCAUAGAAAAUGAGAUUGUGUCUUGUCUGCAGAGUUUAUAUAAUGGAUUAUUGUUAAGUUAAUAGACAGACUGGUAAAAUUAUAUUUAUUGAAACAGUUUAGACACCUGUCUACCAGCAGCAAAUAAAUACUACUAACAUGCAGUCUACAAUAUCCCCUAGAUAUUAAACAAAAAUACAUAACCAUUUUCCUGACACUGUGAGAUGUGCUCACACAUUCUUGUAUGCAUAGUCCUCUAUAAAUUAUUUCAAAUUUUAAAAUCAAGGACAUGACGCAUGGAAGGUUUGUACAUAAUUGUCAUUAUGCAGUAUUUAUUUUAAAAAAAUUAAUGUAUUUUUUUUAAUUUUCACACGUCUGCAAUUCUACUUAUGGUUUAGUCAUGUAAAUAGUACUAUUCCAGUGAUCACUGCUGUCUUGUAAAUAGUACGUUUUAAAAAGUUAAAAGGAAUUACAGUUGGGGGAAAAAAAAGGGCAGAUUAGGCCUGUAAUGAACACCAACUAAUGUAAAUCAAACUCAUUCUGGUGAUGGUAUUUAACACUUUAAAUAAAACAUUUUCUUUACAGAA